AUGGCACCUAAACGUCGCACUCGUAAAACUACCAAGGAUGUACACGCUAGCCUUCCUACUGAAGAACGUACGAAACUUGGUGCAGAAGCAAAAGAACGUGGCAAUGCUGCAUUUGCAUCAGGUGAUCAUGCAACGGCAAUUAAAGAAUUUACAACGGCAAUUGCAUACGAACCAACGAAUGUAAUUUACUAUUCAAAUCGUUCAGCUGCCUAUUUAUCAGCUGGUCAAGCAACGCCAGCAAUGCAAGAUGCGAAAUCGUGUAUUGAAUUGGAUUCCAAGUUUGCAAAAGGUUAUGCACGUCUUGGAGCUGCUCAUUUUUACAUUAAGAACUAUGCAAAAGCUAUUACUGCUUAUACGCAAGGGUUAACAAUGGACAAGGGAAAUAAAGCGCUACAAGCUGGAUUAACACAAGCUCAAGCUGCUCAACAAGUACAAGAUGAAGAAAUUAGUGGUGUUGAAAUGGAUGAAGCUACACGAAAGAUGAAACGAAUGGAAAUUGAAGAAAAGAUCAACAAAGCGCGUAAGGAACGAGAAGAACGAGCGAAACGUGCGGAAAAAGGCUUUUCCGAAUUUGAAUCUCUCAAUGAGGAGCUGUUUACACGCUGCGAGGAGACGGUGCUCAAGGUACUGGAGGACGCCAAGAUGAAGCCCGAAGACGUGACCGAGCUGGUGCUCGUUGGCGGCUCCACGCGUAUACCUAAGGAUGACAUCAACCGCAUGGUUGCGGAGGCCGAUAAAUUCAAGAAGGAUGACGCCGAGAUGCUGCGCCGUAUCGAGGCUCGCAAUGAGCUUGAGCAGUUCAUUUACCGGGCGAUUGAGAUGGCUCGCGAGAAGGGCGAUACUAAUGUCGAAAGUGCCAUUCGCGAUGCCCGUGAUUGGCUCGAGGACCACGAGGAGGCCACUCUUCGUGAACUUGAGGAUAAGAAGCGUAUGCUUGAGCGCAUGGUCCGCUUCUAA